AUGCGUGCAUGGCGCGGCUACAUGGACGGUAAUCAGCGCCUCAUGGAGGUUCUCAACCGCGAACUGCAGGAUUCACACGACCUGUCGUUGGCCGAUUACCGCAUUCUGGUCAUGCUCUCGGAGUCAGCUGACGGGUCGUUGCGGAUGAGUGACCUGGCAGACGGCGUGCUGUCUUCGCGGAGCCGCCUGACGCACCAGAUCAGGCGGAUGGAAUCUCAGGGCAUCGUCGUGCGAGACACUUGCGUCGAAGAUGGUCGCGGCGUGCUCGCUCGGAUCACGGAAGAGGUGCGGAACAAUCUGGUCGAUCUGCUGACUCCCCAGGAACUGGACGUGCUGGCAGACGUCUUCGAGAAGGUCGACAAAGCCAUCGGCGAGCGC